AUGGCUUUAGCAGAAUUACCGAAAGCAUUUGGAAUCGAGGAACUAGCUAAGGGAUACUUCCCUCAUUUAUUCAAUCGCAAGGAAAACCAGGAAAUAUGCAUGUCACACUUACCUGAUAAAAAAUACUAUCACCCAGAUGGUAUGAAGCCAAAAAGGAGAAAACCAUUCAUGGAAUGGUACAAAAAUAACAAAGACCAUUCAUUCACCUUCCAUGAAGAGCUUCUGAAGUAUUGUCGAUCUGACGUAGACAUUCUCCGUAAGUGUUGCUUAAAAUUUCGGAAAAUGUUCAUACAAAUGACAAAUAAAGAUGGCAGUGCUGGAAUCGACCCAUUUCAGAAUUGCAUCACCAUAGCAUCUGCCUGCAAUCUUGUGUACAGAACAAUGUUUUUGGAGUCUGAAAGCAUUGGUAUCAUACCACCACAUGGAUACAGACCGGAGGAUAAACAAUCUAUCAAAGCAAUGAAAUGGCUGAAAUUCAUCGCAAAUACUGAAGGUCUUAGAAUUCAGCAUGCAUUACAUGAUGGAGAGAAAACAAAUAGGACCUUACAAAGUCGAUGGGUAUACCGAAAACAAUGA